AUAUCUCCUUCCAACCUAGCAACGUUUAAGAGUUGCAUUCUCUAAGCUUCCUAGCUCACUUGAGCAGAUCAGCCAUGGAUUCUCUCUUACAAGCUGGUUUGGGAUCUUUGUCCCUGGCAGUCUUCCUUAUGAUCAUCAUCCCCUUGCUGUUCUUGUUGGGUCUGGUUUCUCUUGUCCAAAGAAAGUUGCCAUAUCCGCCGGGGCCUAAAGGGUUGCCGAUCGUCGGAAACAUGGGGAUGAUGGACCAGUUAACGCACCGGGGCCUGGCCAAAUUGGCAAAGCAAUACGGUGGAAUCUUUCACCUCCGGAUAGGGUACUUACACAUGGUGGCCGUGUCGAGCCCCGAGGUGGCGCGCCAGGUCCUUCUGGUUCAGGACAGCAUCUUCUCCAAUCGUCCUGCCACCAUAGCCAUCAAGUACCUCACCUAUGACCGUGCAGACAUGGCCUUUGCUCACUACGGUCCCUUCUGGCGACAGAUGCGAAAGCUCUGCGUGAUGAAGCUGUUCAGCCGCAAAAGAGCGGAGUCGUGGGAGUCCGUGCGAGAGGAGGUCGACGCGACUGUGCGUACCGUGGCAUCCAACACCGGCGAGCCGGUGAACAUCGGGGAGUUGGUAUUUGAACUGACGAAGAAUAUAAUCUAUCGGGCAGCUUUCGGGACGCAGUCGCACGAAGGACAGGAUGAGUUCGUUGGGAUACUGCAGGAGUUCUCCAAGCUGUUUGGAGCUUUCAAUAUCGCGGAUUUCAUUCCUUGGAUGGGAUGGGUUGAUCCGCAGGGACUCAAUGCCCGGCUGGCUAAGGCACGUCACUCACUGGACAGGUUCAUCGACAACAUCAUCGACGAUCACUUGGAGAAGAAGAAGAAGAAGAAGAACGAGAAAACUGUUGGGUCGGUCUGUGAGGACACUGAUAUGGUGGACGAUAUGCUAGCUUUUUACAGCGAGGAUGGAAAAGUUGGCGAUUCCGAUGACUCCAUCAAACUCACCAAAGAUAACAUCAAAGCCAUCAUCAUGGACGUGAUGUUUGGUGGGACGGAGACAGUAGCGUCAGCGAUAGAGUGGGCCAUGGCGGAGCUGAUGAAAAGUCCAGAUGAUCUCAAGAAGGUCCAACAAGAGCUCGCCGACGUUGUGGGUUUGGAUCGCCGAGUCGAAGAGAGCGACUUCGAGAAGCUAACCUACCUCAGAUGCUCUCUCAAGGAGACUCUACGCCUCCACCCACCGAUUCCCCUGCUCCUACACGAGACCGCUGAGGAGGCCGAGGUAUCCGGCUACAGAAUUCCGGCAAAGACGCGUGUGAUGAUCAACGCGUGGGCGAUCGGCAGGGAUCGGGAUUCUUGGGAGGACCCUGAAGCCUUCAAGCCCUCGAGAUUCCUAAGAGAGGGCGUGCCGGACUUUAAAGGCAGUAAUUUUGAGUUUAUUCCGUUCGGUUCAGGUCGGAGGUCCUGCCCCGGGAUGCAGCUCGGACUCUAUGCGCUGGACUUGGCCGUGGCUAACCUCCUCCAUUGUUUCACGUGGGAGUUGCCGGACGGGAUGAAGCCCAGUGAACUCGACAUGAACGACGUGUUCGGACUCACUGCACCGAGGGCGAGUCGACUCAUCGCCGUACCGAGUAAACGGGUGGUGUGUCCACUUGUUUGAGCGAUAGGAUAUUUUCGUUUUUGGAAUUUGGGUUUUAUGCCUAACGAAUCCUUGGAGUAAAGAAAAGGAGUUCUAGUCACGGAAUAUCUGUCGAGAAAAUAAUAAUAAUAAAAACAGGUAUGGAAUUUAGUGCUGUUGAAUAGAAUUUUUUUAAACAAUAAAUAUUGUAAAUUUUGAA